AUGUACGCCCUGUUCACGCCCUAUGACCACAAGGGGACGGUCCCCGAAGGCCCCGACGCCCAGGCCGCGCUGCGCCUGCUGCGCCGCAUCAACGACCUCAGCUGCAAGGGCAAGUGCACCGUCGGGUCCGGCGGCAAGUCAGUCGGCUACCUGGCCCACGGCACCGCCACCGACUACAUGUACGAAGUCCUGAGGGUGCCCCUGGCCUUCACGUGGGAGAUCUAUGGGGACAGCGCGGCGUCGUUCGAGGACUGCUUCAGGAUGUUCAACCCCAUCACAAGAGAGAGCUUUGAGGAAACGAUUGACUCCUGGGUAUCCGCACUGCUGCAGCUAAUUGAGCUCCUGCCCAGCCACCCAGCCACAGCGCCGCUGCUCAGGCAGGCCGUAGAGGACGUGCGGCGCAAAGAGGAGGCGGACGGCGCCGCGACUGGCUCGCGGAGCGUGCGGCGGCGGGCGCGGCCGGAGCACGCGACGGCGGGGCAGGAAAAGCAGCAGGAGCAGCAGCAGCAGCAGCAGCAGCAGCAGCAGCAGCAGCAAGGAGAGGAGCAACAGCAGCAGGAAAAGCAGCAGCAGCAGCAGCAGCAGCAGCAGGAGGGGCAGCAACAGGGAGAGCAAAAGCAGCAACAGCAGCAGCAGCGGAAAGCAGAGCAGCCAUCAGGGGGCAGCAAUCCACGGGAGGACGGCGCCGCAAUCGAAACCGGCCGCCGCGCGCUGCUACCGUGGCAGCGGCGUCCGCAGCGCGGCCCUGGGGCGGCAGCGGGCGCAGGCGCGCAGUCGGCGUGGGCGGGGGGCGGCUUGUAUGGGCCCGCGCUGGCGCUGGGGUUGCUGCUGGCCGGGGCCGGGCUCGUCAGGCAAUUCAAUGAGAGGUGA